CCCGUCCUAGUGAGUUUCUCUGUUCAGUUUACAUGCACGCAGACCACCAAAACAUAACUUUCACAUAAUAUUACAGCUCUAGCUAUGGACAAUAUCCCGCAGCUUGGGACAGCUGCAGAUCUCGAGAUACGGGCUGCUCGUAUAGCAGAUCCAGGUAUAGACCUCAAAACGAAACAUGUUGUUGCAUGUGAGCUUCGAGAAAUGAUAGACACUGUACGAGAUGCGGAGUCUGCUCGUGUGUUGCCCCAUAUGAUUCCUGUCCUUCUCGAAAUAUUGCGUUCAGGAGAAGCUUCGUUUCACAAGGACACUCUAGACUACCAAUUCCGCCGCGUCCUCCUAGAAAUACUACACCGCAUCCCAUACAGCGAUGCUGUACGCUCUCAAGCCCUUACCUUAUUCAAUGGCAUGUUGUACCUUCUGCGACACGACAACGAAGAAAACGGGGUCACUUGCUGCAAAACCAUCAUCGACCUAGUGCGCUCAUUCAGAGCUCUCACAGAGGAGCUUGUAUCAGAGUUUAUGGGGAUACUGCAAGAUGUCUUCCGCAACAUCAAGAGCCUUGUAGACGAAACACUUUCCGAAGAUUCGCCUGUGCUCGACCCGAACGUCGUAUUACCUAGUAUACGCAGUUUCAAGGUCCUUGCUGAGGUUGGCAUGGUGGUGGUGACAUUCUCGCAAAGUCAUCGUCCUAUAGUCAUACCAGCAAUACAAGCAACAUUUCCCCUAAAUUUCGAUGUGCUCGCUCUCGAAUCGCCUGCCCAGAAGAAGGCCAGAGAAGAUCACGAAGCGAUGGGAGGAUACUGGGCUGGUAUGGCGCCAACCAUAAAAAAUCAUCACACAUACGUUGAUUUCAUUAGCGCUCAAAUCAAAAUGGUAUCAUAUCUGGCGUAUAUUAUGCGUGGCCUCGGGGAUGAAUAUGAUCCAUACGGAGAGACCUUAAUUCUUGCAUCGUUGCGGAUUCUGCAAGAUUGUCCGGCUAACGCCAUAGCAGCACGAAGGGAUCUCAUGAUCGUCCUCCGACACCUUAUGAGUACGCCUCAUCGUAAAGCCCUUUUGAACCAACUAGAUAAGCUCUUCAACGACCGAAUUCUGUUAGGUAGUGGUGUUGGGAGUAAAGAAACCUUACAGCCAUCAGCUUAUGCCGCAGUAGCCGACCUUGUGCACCAUCUCCGAAGCGAACUCACUACUGCUCAGCUCGCGCGUAUAGCAAACGUAUAUUCAGGUCUCAUCCACAACCCAUACCUUACCAGCAAUCACCAUACGCUAUUUGCUAAAAUGAUGUUCAACUUGAUAGAUGUUAUAACAGCGAAGGAUACGAAACAGGGCAGUGCGCGAGUUCUUGGUGCAAUGUUUGAGACUUGUGUAGACAAGGUAGACUCCAUGACGUCAGUUUUGGAUGAACUCUUUGAGAGAGUAGAAAAGGCAAAGAACGGAGACAGUGAUUCGAUUGACUUUUCGUUGGUACAGAAGGCAAGACCCGUUGCCGGGGCCGUGUAUGCCACCGAGAAACCAGAAGAUGCUGUCAAUGAAUUUCGCCUUCUUUUCCGCACUAUCCUGCACGGUUUUCGUGCCUGCCUUGCUGGAUUAAGGAAAUGCGAUGCGCCUACUCCAGACGGUGUCUUGAUCUUCCGACUGUUCGAAAGCUGUAUUCGCUGUAUGGCGCUUUUUGACGCUGAACCUCGCGAGGCAACUGAAGCUAUGGACUGGUUCGGGGGAGUUCUUUUGGAAGUAAAUCUCCAUGUUUUCCAGGAGGUUUGGACCCAUAAGAUCGACUUCUUUUUCCAAUGUUCCCAAAAACGACCUUCGCUCCUUCACAUUUGUCAAGGCCUAUUCGGUAGAGAGCAAGUGUCUCCGACACUUGUAGCUAUCGUUCUGAGGUACCUCGUCGAUCGCUUGCCAUCGUUGGGCGAGUAUGAUGAUCAGACGGCAGUAGUCACCAUACGGCUUUUCAAAAUGGCAUUCGGUGCAGUCACCUUGUAUCCAUCAACGAAUGAGCCGAUUCUAGCGUCGCAUCUUGCAAAACUCAUUAUGGACUGUUUUCCUCUAGCCGCCAAAGCAACGAAGCCGACAAAUUAUUUCCACCUUCUUCGAGGACUCUUUCGAGCUAUCGGAGGUGGAGGUGGUAGGUUUGAACUCUUAUACAAGGAAGUUUUGCCUCUUCUUCCCGAGAUGCUGGAAAGCCUCAAUCGUCAGUUGCUCGCAUCCGAAGGAUACAGCCGUGACAUGAUCGUCGAGUUAUGUCUUACUGUUCCAUUGCGCUUAACCCAUUUACUUCCUCACUUAACAUAUCUCAUGCAUCCAUUGGCGUUGGCGCUGCGAGGUACCCCAGAACUCAUUUCUCAAGGCCUCAGAACUCUAGAAUUAUGUAUCGAUAAUCUUACUCCCGAUUUCCUUGACCCCACCCUCAGCACGGUCUUGCGUGAAUUGAUGGAGGCAUUACACAGUCAUCUCAAGCCACUCCCUGCUAACCACAAUCACGCUCACACAACGAUUCGAAUCCUUGGCAAACUGGGGGGGAGGAACCGCCGUUUGUUGAAUAAAGAACCUUUGCUGGAAUUCCAGCAUUAUACUGAACCAGCAAAAGUACCGAUUUCGUUUGGAGGUACAAUAGAAAACAUUGAACUUGGUUCUAUGUCCACAUUGGCAUCGCGUACUCUAAGUAAGGCUGCAUCACCUUACCACUUGCAAGCAUAUAACUAUCUGGAGGGCUGCCUAACUGUCCUUUUAUAUGAUAGCACCCAUGGCCGUGAUCAGGCAGCUGUAUUUGUGAGGUCGCUGGAGGCUAUUUUCGACGCGGUACACCUCCCUGUAGUUGGAGAUCAAGCUGAGCAGUUCGUUCGCAAUCUUUCACGAGCUGUUUUCACUAUGGAGGUUCGGAGAAACAAUACGAAAGAUCUUGGACUUCGUCGAUAUCCAAGUCCCUUGUUAUCGUCGUAUCUCGAUGCUUUACCACAUGCUCUGGCACGCGAAAGCCCAGAGGAAGCAAAGAAAGCUCAAGAGCUUGUGUCGUUAAUCAUUCGAGAAUUGGUGGCAAUGGGCACGCACGCCAACGUUACCCCUCAAGACGUUAUACCUACGUUGCAUCAGAUUGCAGGUCGCUUUAGUGCGCUAUGUCUCGACGAUUCAUGGAUUCGCAAAAGUGCAGGAUGUAGCGGAAUUAGGAUUAUGACAUGCACACCGACCCUCGGUGUAAAAUGGAUAAACGACAGAGAGAUUGACCUUGUUCGCACCUUGCUGCAUAUUUUGAAGGACCUGCCGUACGAUUUGCCUCGUGAUAUCGACGAUGUGGUUGAUGUACUGCAACGCGUUCUCCGAGUGAGCAAUGCUGAGCAAGACGUCGCAGUCGACGCGGCUCCGAGUGCCCGCAAUAAGCUCACCCACCUCAUAGGCAUAUUUUUCACGGAGCUUACAGGUCCCAAUCCUGUAGUUCGUCAGGCGGCUCAGACAUGUAUUGCAAUCCUGGUUGGGCUUAGCGGAAAGCCCGCUAGCGAGUUACUCAUGCCCCAUCGAGAGCGCAUGUUAACCUCGAUCUAUACGAAGCCUCUCCGAGCUUUACCAUUCACCAUUCAGAUUGGCAUGAUAGACGCUGUUCGGUAUUGUGUUAGCUUGGAGCCCCCUCUGCCAGAGAUAAGCGAUGAGCUACUUCGUCUUUUACACGAGACACUUGCAUUGGCAGAUGCUGAUGAUAUCGCUCUUCUGGGUCGUGGUAAUCCACGUCAAGGCAGUAUAGAAAUCAUCAAGCUUCGUGUGGCCUGUAUAAAACUCUUGACAGCGUCAAUGCCUAUGACAGAUUUUUUCUCCAAACAGCAUCAAACGCGCCAAAGAGUAACUAGUGUAUACUUCAAAUCGUUAUACUCGCCUUCUCAGGAAGUGAAAGAAGUAGCCCACGAGGGUCUGCGUAUGGUACUGACCCAUCAGACCCGACUUCCCAAAGAGCUUCUUCAAACUGGGUUACGCCCCAUCCUCAUGAAUCUUGCCGAUCCAAAACGCCUUUCUGUUCCCGGGUUGGAAGGUUUAGCCCGUUUGCUGGAACUUUUGAUCAACUACUUCAAAGUUGAAAUUGGGCACAAACUUCUGGAUCACUUCCGUAUAGUAGCUGAUCCUCAGAUGCUACAAGCCUCAUCAAGGCUUCCUUUGGCGGACAAUGAAGGCAUCACAAAACUAGUACGACUAGCCAAUAUCUUUCAUCUUCUCCCUUCCGCUGCGAACAUCUUCUUGGAAACCCUUGUAAAUUCUAUAGUGCAGACCGAAGCUCAGAUGCACUUUUCUGGUCAAAGUCCAUUUUCGGAACCUCUCGGAAAGUACCUUGAUCGCUAUCCUGCAGAAGCUCUUGAUUUUUUCAUGCGCUAUCUACAUUUUCCUCGACAUGUCCGAACUCUUCGAAGCAUUCUUCAAGCAAAGUUAGCAAAAAAUCUUGAACAGGAACUAAUAUCACGGACUCAUUCUAUUGUGACUGGAUGCCUCAGGAGCAAUGAUCAGACCUUGCUUCUGCCUGGCUUAUCGAUGCUCAGUGAUCUGGUAGACUUAGUACCAUCCUGGAUUGCUGACCAUGGCUAUGUCAUCGAUGCGUUGUUAGACGUCUGGCGUUCUCAGCCCAUGGAACCCGAGCACACAGUGGUCAUGGUCCCGGAAAUCAUUCAGCGUUAUACCACAAUCCUGAACAUAUUCAUCAAAACUCUGGAACGCGAUCCCCGCAUUGACUUGCUUUUUGAUAUCGUUGCUAUCUAUUCACGCAAUGUUGCCAUGGAUUUAUUACGUUUAACGCAUUUCUUAUUCAAGCACGUUGCAAUGAGCGAGGAUCUGUUCUAUCGGCGCAAUGUCUUGUCGCGUUUUUUGAUCUGGUUCGAUGAUCGUUCUCAUCCCUGGUCACACAAAACAUAUUUCCUCCGUCACGUCUUGACUCCCACUAUACUUGUUCAAGCCCAUCGCCCAGACAAGGGAGGCCUCCUAGACGCUGAUUUCAUUAGUCGUGUCCAUCGCACUAUCUGGUAUCCUAUGAACGAUAACGCAGCUUUUUCUGAAUCCGAUGACAUGUUCAAAAUCGAGCUUCUUCAUCUCACCACGGUCAUGGUACAAUAUUAUCCCGAGCUUCUAGAGGAUGUCAAGAAGGAUAUCAUUCGGUGUGCCUGGCACUACAUUACGAGUGACGAUGCAGUUGUUAAGCAGACAGCUUACCUUCUUGCGGCCCGUUUCUUUGAAGCAUACGAUACUCCCCAGAAAUUCAUAUUGCGUGCGUGGACGGGUCUUCUUCGACCACCUCACACGGAGGGUAGGCUUCUCAUUCGUCAGGCUUUGGAUGUACUAGCACCUGCUCUACCGAAAUCUGGUGCAAAUGAUGUGGGGUAUCCGCAGUGGGCGAAGACCACCAGACGUUUACUGGCAGAAGAAGGCAACGGAUUCUCACAGAUUAUCAUCAUUUAUCAACUUAUUGUUCGCCAGCCACAGCUGUUCUACCCAGUUCGUGCGUUAUUCAUUCCCCACAUGGUCAAUUCGUUAUCGAAGCUUGGACUCUCUGGUGCUGCUUCAGGGGAGUCUCGACUACUUUCCAUUGACAUACUACAAGUCAUUUUUGACUGGGAGCAGAAAUCGCAAAUUCCUGACGACAUAUCAUCUUCUAACACUAUGAAUGGGGAUUCUGGUCGACUUGGGCUAUCCUGGGUCACCCCCCUUGGUUUCAGAGAGACAAUGGUAAGCUACCUGGUCCGACUAGCAACUGCCCACCACGAGCUGGCUGCUAGAGGCGUAUUAGUUCCUCGUGCACUGGAAUUAUUGCAGUUAAUGGUCGGACCAUCAGGAUGGAGUGAUGUUACAGUAAAGCUGUUUUAUUUUUCUCGUACAUUAGAGACGAAUGAUCUUAGUACUGAAGCUACGAUCGCCCAAGCACUUAGUUCCGCCAAGGUUCUUCAAGUUAUAUCGGGAGAUAAAGACGAUGCUUGGUAUCUCGCGAAUGCUCCCGUUCUGCAGAAGCUCGUGCGUAAAGGGUUAGUUACCGAUGAAUCCGGUCUGCAUGACGCUCUUCACCCUAUAUUCGAGCGCCUGCUCAAUUUGUUCCCUCUACCUAAAGAGGAAGAGCAGCAAGAAGGCGAAAUGGCCGACUUUCACAGUUUUGUUUACACGGCUAUUGGCGAUGGCUUGAAGAACACCACUGCGCUACGCGGUAACCUUCUCAUGCUGAAGUCGGUAGUGCAGGUUUCAGCAGAACGAGUAGAACCCUUCAGCUCACCGUUAAUGAAGUUAUUGAGCAAGUUGGCGAAAGAACACGUUCUAUCUACGCCAGGUGCAAAUGGCUUGGAAAAUGGUGUCCGUCUAAUGAUAUCCAUCCUAGAAAUAUGCCAGCUCUCUGUCGCCUAUUUCGGUGAAGCACGACGAUGGCUUCUUAGCACCCUGGUUGUUCUCGUGGAGAAGUCAAAGAGCCCUUCACUUUGUCGCUUUAUCCUAGGUUUGGCACGGGAUUGGGCUCUACACAGACACGAUGCAUAUCCAACCAUGAAGGAGAAGGCGAGUUUAUUACAAAGGAUGGUGGCGUAUGAGCUACGCGGGGAGCCACUGUUUCACGACUACCUUGAGCUUAUCUACGAUAUCUAUACGGAACCUGGCCUGCGCCGCAGUGAUCUAACAACGCGGUUAGAACAGCCCUUCCUCAUAGGUUGCCGAGCUCGAGAACCGUCUCUUCGCGAGCGUUUUAUGGACCUUCUCGAUACCAGCGUUCCUCGCUCUUUGCCCAGCCGACUAUCCUAUAUACUCGGUGUUCAAAGCUGGGAGGCGUUAGCUGACCACAACUGGAUUUAUGUUGCACUGCACCUUUUGCUGGGUGCUAUGGACGCCGACAUACCUAUAGUAGCGGAACGCAAGAUCAUGAUGGAGACCAAGAUUUCCCAGCUCAUUCCACAGCAAAAAGCACUCUCUAUCAUUCGGCCAAUGCAACGACUACUUUUUCUAGAUCCUGACACGGCACAUGACGCUUGGAUAUCCGUCUUCUCUGCUGCAUGGUCCUGCCUUUCGAGACGAGAGCAAAUUGACAUCACUCAUCAUAUGACAAGUCUUCUUAGUAAGGAUUAUCACAUUAAACAAGUGGAGAUGCGUCCAAAUGUCAUCCAGACCCUUUUGGCAGGUACACAUGCAUGUUCUCCUCCUAUGAUUCUGCCUCCCCACUUAAUCAAGUAUCUCGCAAAAACUUACGGCGCUUGGUAUAUCGGCCUCGAAAUUUUGGAAGCUUCUCUUGAUCACGUUAAAGAUGAUGAAGUUUCCGUGAGAGAAAAUGUUUACGACUCUCUUGCGGAUGUGUAUGCAGAAUUGGCAGAGGAGGAUUUGUUCUAUGGGCUAUGGCGCCGCCGGUGCUUGCACCUGGAAACGAACAUGGCCAUUGCUUUCGAGCAGAAUGGCAUGUGGGAGCAAGCAUCGAAUAUCUAUGAAAAUGCACAAAAUAAGUCUAGACAAGGUUCUAUAGCAUUCUCAGAACCGGAGUACUGCCUAUGGGAAGACCACUGGAUGUUGUCCGCCGAGAAGCUGCAACAAUGGGAUACACUGCAUGAACUCGCUAGAGGAGAGUCGAAUCAAGAGCUAAUGUUGGAGAGCGCAUGGAGGAUUAAAGAUUGGGCGGAGAGUAGAGAAUCUCUGGAAGAACAAGUUAAUCAGCUACCCGAAGUUGCGACCCCUAGACGUCGAGUAUUUGAAGCGUUCCUCGCAUUACUCAGAGCUCCUGCUGCCUUGGAGAAAAAUGCAGAGUUUACCAAGAUACUUGAAGACGCCAUGCAGCUAUCACUCCGGAAAUGGGUUGGCCUUCCUCCUCAUCUCUCGGCUGCUCAUGUUCCACUAUUACAGCAUUUCCAGCAAUUUGUUGAACUUCAGGAGGCUGUUCAAAUUUUUGGGUCACUUUCGACCACAAAUGCACAGAAUCUGGAGAAGAAGUCGUCUGAUUUGAAGAUGGUUCUUCAAGCCUGGCGUGAACGGCUACCAAACCUUCAAGAUGAUAUCAGUAUAUGGAGUGACUUGGUUGCUUGGCGGCAGAAUGUGUUCAAUGCUAUCAACAAAGCCUACAUUCCGCUCAUCACAAGCACUAACCAAGGAGGAAAUGCGGCUUCGACGAACUUCAACACCUCUGGCUAUCGCGGCUAUCACGAAACUGCUUGGAUCAUCAAUCGAUUUGCUCAUGUUGCUCGGAAACACGAUCUUCUGGACGUCUGUUUCAGCUCGCUGAAUAAGAUAUACACCCUACCCAACAUCGAGAUCUCAGAGGCAUUCUUGAAACUUCGCGAACAAGCUCGUUGCCACUACCAAAAGCCGAACGAUUUACAAGCCGGGCUAGAAGUCAUUAACAACACGAACUUGAUGUACUUCUCAAAUUCUCAAAAAGCCGAGUUUUAUACCUUGAAGGGCAUGUUUCAUGCCAGAUUUGGUCGAAAUGACGAAGCCAACCAAGCAUUUGGACAAGCAGUCCAGAUGGAUAUGACUCAAGCUAAAGCAUGGGCAGAGUGGGGCCGAUAUAGCGAUCGCAUGUUCAAGGAGAUUCCCACAGAUAUGUCCCAUGCUGCCAGUGCCGUUAGCUGUUACCUUCAAGCAGCGGGGCAAUAUAAAAAUGGCAAAAGUCGACCACUCCUUACUAGGGUAUUGUGGUUGCUCAGCGUAGACGAUGGUAGCUUCACAAUUUCUCGAUCUUUUGACACUUACAAAGGAGAAGCCGCAUUUUGGUAUUGGAUAACAUUAAUACCUCAAUUAUGUCUAUCCAUAUCUCAGCGAGAGGUGAAGCAGGCGCGAUAUAUCCUCCUCAAUCUUGCAAAACUAUACCCUCAGGCCCUUUUCUUCCAUCUUCGCACUACUCGAGAAGAAAUGGCGAUGGUUAAAAAGCAAAAUGCUGCCGAGGCUUUGAAUGCAAAGCAUGCCUCCACUGUAUCUAAUGGCACAAAACGACCUGAUGCAGAUCAGCUUAUGCGCGAUGCUACUGGCGAAGUAAAUGCUGACAUCGCAAAGAAAGACGCAUCUACAUCCGACGGCACUGGCCUACAGCGCACCUCUCAACCUAAUUCAGACAGUACAACCCAUAGCACCCAAAGCCAACCUCCAGCUGCUCCUCAAUCCAAUGGCCAUAUUUCGACUGACGGUACGCCAGCGUACCCCGUUCGUCAGCCCUGGGAGUAUGUAGAAGAGGUUGUUCAGAUACUCAAAACUGCUUUCCCAUUGUUGAUUCUGAGUAUGGAAACAAUGGUAGACCAAAUUCUGCAGAGGUUCAAGGCUACGUCGGAAGAGGAGAUUUAUAGAUUCAUAUGCAUGUUAUUGCAAGAUGCGAUUCAGAGUUAUGUCAUGCGGAUGAACUCCACAGAAGACGAUGGUCAAUUGACACCGCAUACAAUAAAUCAUCUGGUUAAGAUGGCCUCUAAUCUAUCAGGGCCCUCACGGAGAGAAUAUGAAGAAGACUUCCUACGAAGCAAGCCUACCCAUAAUGAAUAUAUACGCCGACUGCAGCAGUGGCGUGACCGAUACGAAAAAUAUAUUGAUUCUCGCCCUCGAAUUCAAUCACUGGACUUGUUGAGCCAUUAUCUAACGGAAUUUCAGUAUGGAAAAUUUGAUGAAAUUGAAAUGCCUGGUCAAUACACAGAGGACAAAGAUAGUAAUCAGAAUUUUGUUCGUAUCCAUAAAUUCGGGCCAAAAUUUGAGAAUUGUCGUUCUCAUGGUUAUGGCUGGAGGAGGUUUACAGUUCAUGGCAGCGAUAACUCCAGAGUUUCUUUCUCGGUUCAAUUACCUUCGGGGCGACAUUCCCGACGUGAAGAAAGGGUGAUGCAGAUGUUCUGUACAUUUAACGGGGCUUUGACGCGUCGAAAGGAAUCAAGGAAACGAAAUCUUGGUUUCCAUCUUCCUGCGGUGAUCUCGUGCAGUCCUGGUCUUCGCUUGCUGCAAAAUGAUUCGUCCUAUGUCACACUUGGUGAUAUAUAUGACCAAUACUGUGAAGACAGUGGUAUUACUCGGGAAGAGCCAAUUUUGGCUGCGGGCGAAAAGGUGAAGAAUGUUUUGAGAGAAUUCACGUUGUCUGCUGGGAGAUCUUCGAGUAAAACGGAACAUCUUAAUCUCAAGAAGGAUGUCUUGGAUGAAAUUGCUCUCAAAUAUGUUCCUGAUGACGUACUUACCAAGUACAUGAUGCGUGUCAUGGAUGGGCCUGCGGAACUAUGGCGUAUGCGUAGACAGUUUGCUUUGCAACUUGCUGCGACAAGCUUCAUGACGUAUGUCUUCUGUCUUACAAGUCGGGCGCCUUCUCGUUUCCAUCUGUCACGAGCGACUGGUCAAAUUGCAAUGAGCGAGUUGUUGCCAGGUCAAGCGAGUCAAACGCCAGUAAUUGCUUCUAACGACGCCGUCCCCUUCCGGUUCACACCCAACAUGCAACGGUUCUUAGGUCCGAUUUUCACCGAGGGUAUCCUUACUUCGGGAAUUAUGGUUAUUGGUCGCUGUCUGACAGAACCAGAGUUUGAUCUAGAGCAACAGCUAUGUCUCUUCGCUCGUGAUGAACUCAUGUGGUGGCUGCAUAACAGGAAGCAGCCCUGGACAUUUGAUAUUUCGUUCCGCACUAGUGUAGCUGCCAAUAUUGAUGGACUGGUAAAACGAGCCGAGACCAUGGCUUGUAAAUUGGAGCGUGAGCAGGCCGCAGCAAAUCCGUCGAAUCCGGGCUCAGCCCCUGUGGUUCAGACAGUUACGAAUCUCAUCUCCACUGCCACAAAUCCUAUCCAACUUAUGAAAAUGACGGAGAACUAUCAUCCAUGGUUUUGACCUUUGCUUUUGUUGUUAUUUGUGUCUGGUGCAUCUACCUGUAUUAUCUCCAAUCAUCAUGCUGUAGCAAUGAAUUCAUGUUUUAAUAUCUGUUUGUUUUUAAUAUAAUGACAAUCUAACUGCAGGUAUCAACG